UCAUCAUCAUCAUCAUAAUCAUCUUCCCACUUUUGACCCCCUGGAUUCACUGGAUUCCAACUUCGUCGGAUUCGUUUAAUUUGAUUUACAAUCAACAGUAUCUGUUUGUCCAUUUCUUUAACUGUCUAUGAUAACUAUCGCGUCGCGCCCAUGCUGCGUCAUCACCAGGUGCCUUAGAAGCGGCGGGAGAUUGACCGUUACUGCAGAGGAGUCUUUUAAGCAGAAAUGACUCAGAGAAGGAGGCUGUCCAACACCCAGAGCUCCUCCCAGAGCAAGAGACAGUCGUUGGUGUCUCAGGAAGAAGACGACGACUCGACGUUCACUCAACCGAGUUCUUCUCAGGUUCAGAGAGGGCUGGAGAGGUUCACACCUGCACAGGUAGAUCAGAAGACAGCGGAGGUGGUCCAGUUCUUCCUGGUUCGUGACCAGAAGAAGAUUCCCGUCCGCAGAGCAGACCUGGUGAAACACGUGUUGAAAGAUUAUAGAAACAUGUUCCCCGAAAUCAUGAAGAGAGCAGCAC